ACCGUACACGUGUCACCUGCUGAAAUUGAAGCUAAGAAAGGCAGCUCCUGCGGAAUAGACUCUCAAUUCGUCCAGGAAUUGAUGUUUUUAUAGUAAACUGGGAUUCGUGAGGUCAUUGUUAUCACUUGACACAAUUGGUAAUGUUCAUCAAUGGCUUUCAGACGUCUAUCUCUCACCAGACUCAUCCUCUUCCUCAUUGUGAUAUUAAUCUUGCUCGUUGCCAACUUGUUAAUGCGGAAACAUUGUGACUGCUACGAAUUAGACCAAAUGGCACUCAAGAUCCAAGGCUUGAAACAACAGGUCGGGGUCCAAGAAGAACAACUCAAGCAACGCCGGAGACAAGACGAUGACGAUACUGAAGAAGAUAAUCUUUCAUGGGGACCUCAUAAAUUGGCGGUCAUUGUGCCAUUCAGGGAACGUUUUGAGGAACUCAUGGAGUUUGUACCGUACAUGCACAAGUUUUUAGACAUGCAAAAAAUUCGGCAUCAUAUCUAUAUUGUCAAUCAGAUGGACAAUUUUAGAUUCAACAGAGCAGCUUUGAUCAAUGUAGGUUUCCUGCAUAGCAAGGAGUCCUGUGAUUACAUGGUGAUGCACGAUGUUGACCUUCUACCUCGUAACCGUGACCUCAGCUACCAUUAUGAGAGGAUUGUCAAAGGUCCUCACCACAUAGCAGCACCAGAGAUCCAUCCAAGAUACCAUUAUAAGACCUUUAUAGGAGGUAUACUCAUGCUUCAGAGAGAACAUUAUCUAGAGGUGAAUGGAAUGUCAAACAAAUUUUGGGGCUGGGGCAGAGAGGAUGAUGAAUUUUACCAUCGACUCGUGAAAGUCAAUUUAGAUAUAAGUAAACCAGAAGGAAUUAAGACUGGACCGGAAGAUACUUUCUAUCACAUCCAUGACAGUAAGAAGAGGAAACGAGAUAUGGUCAGAAUACAAAAUCAGAAGCAGGAACAAUUUAAGAAGGAUCUGGAAACUGGCGUGGACAACAUAGAUUACAAACUGAUGAGCCAGCAGACAUUGAAGAUUGAGGGAUCCAGCUGUACUAUACUUCAUGUAUCUUUAAAAUGUGACAAAGAAUCAACACCUUGGUGUGAACACGAAGCCAGGUAGCACAUAGAUGAUGCAAAAGCAGACAUUCCUAGACAGUAGAAGCAACUUGACGGUACUACCCCUUUUCACGUUUCUCAGAAGUGAUGUGGAUUUGAUUGAGUGGGAAGGGCACAAAGCUUCUGAAAGCCUGCUGUUUCUCACACAAUAUCUGAAAUUAAACUUUGCUGUUUCAGGUCAAGUGUAGCAGUGGGCCAGUAACUCACUGCUGGUGAAACUACGAUGCUUGUGACAAGUCUGAAACUUGUUAGCUCCCCAAGGAGACCAGUUGGGUGUUUACCUAGCAGGGAUGAAAUUCACAAGGGCUGUGGGGAUAUUGGCCCCCAACAUGUUUCGAAAUCGCCAGAAGAAUUUGCAAAACAACCUCUAUAAAAAACAAUUGUGUUUAUAAGGGCAGAAGGUACUUUAGAGUAAACAGAAACAGAAAAAAUAGCCCCAAUUCUAAAAGUAUAUUUUUUAUUGUCUCUCGGUAGCAGUGUCAAUCACCCAGAAUAGAAUUCAUUGAAGACCAACAUACCUAUAUUCCAUGGAUUUCUUCAUUUUUGGUAAAGUCAUUAUCUGACCAAGCAGCUCUUUUCAAGUUUCUGAUGCUAUUCUGAAAUUGUAGCCCUUUUUGUUUGGAACAAAAAAUAUGUGCUUACACAAAUUACAAUAUUUUCUUCAUCAUAUUGGACUCCUUCAUAUCAAGGGUAGUAAAGAUUGAUAUUUUGAUUGCCAAUUAUUGUCUCUACAACGAAAUUGAAAUUUCAUGGGGAUAUUAUGUAUAUUUAUUAGCCAAAUUUGGACAUUCUAUUUUAUACAAGAGGGUUUUGUCAUUGCUAUCUAUGCAAUUAUUUAUUUACUGCAACUCUGUUUUGCAACUCAGUUUAUAAGACAAACAAAGACCAUUUCCAUCUCAUUUUUCAGUACCUUUAUGUAAAAAUAUAGAUGUACCAUACAACAUGUCUUAUACUUCUCAAUUCCCCACAAUCACAAUACAGUGUAAGAAAAAAAAAUGUAAAAAAAAAUAUUUCAUUCCUUAUAGUUAUAAUUUGAUUCUGCAGAGGUGCUAACAGAUGUUAUGCAAAAAAAUGUAUUUUUUAUUGAC